AUGGCUGUCAAGGUGUACCACGAUUCCGACGCUGAUCUUUCUAUUAUCCAAAACAAGCGUGUGACCUUUGUUGGUUAUGGUAACCAAGGAUCUGCUCAAGCACAAAACUUGCGUGAUUCGGGUGUCAAGCAUAUCACCAUUGGCAACCGUGAUGAUGAAUACAAGCCCCGUGCUAUUGCUGCUGGUUUUGAGACAAAGAGCAUCAGUGAUGCUGUCAAGGAUGCCGAAGUUGUAUUCUUGUUGAUCCCUGAUGAGGUCCAACACACUGUGUGGAAGGAGCAAAUCAAGGAUAAUGUUCCUGCCAAUGCAACCUUGGUGGUUGCUUCGGGCUAUGCUGUCGCCUUUGAUCUUUUAGACCUUCCAGCCGAGAUGAGUGUGGUGAUGGCUGCACCUCGUAUGAUUGGCCCUGGUGUCCGUGAUCGAUUUGUUGCCAAGGAACCCUACCCAUGCUUUGUUUCAGUGGAACGUGAUCCUCAAAGCAAUGCUCUUCCUACUGUUCUUUCCAUUGCACGUGCUAUUGGUGCUACUUUGGGUGGUGCAGUUGAAUCAUCAUGUCGUGAAGAAGCUGGUAUUGAUCUUUUUGCUGAACAAGCUCUUUGGCCCGCUAUCAACUCUUGCUUCCGUGAAGCCUUUAAUGUACUCAAGGCAGCUGGUUUCUCCGAUGAAGCCAUCCUUCAUGACAUGUAUCUUUCCAAGGAGCCAUCUGAAGUCUUUGAACGUGCUGCCAAUGUUGGUUUCUUCCGUCAACUCAAGUUCCACUCGCCCACUUCCCAAUUUGGUCAGCUUCGUGGUACCAAGAACAAUGACGGCACUGCUCUCCGAGCACAAUUCGAAAAGGUUUUGCACAAGGAUAUUCUCUCGGGUGAAUUUGCAAAGUUCUGGUCUGGUGAAUUUACUACUGGAUCGGCUGAACUUGAGCAAUUGUGGAAGGAGACCGAGGAUGAACCCAUUUCCAAGGCUGAAAAGGCUAUUGGUCUUCACGACUAA